AUGUCCGUCGACCACUCCGCCAAUGUCGACACGGACAGCACCAUGGCUGCGCCCAAGAAGGACAUGGACCUUGAUGGCAGCACGCCUCCCGACCUGCGCGACGACAUUGACAAUGCCAUUGACCCUGUGGCCGAGCGCAAGCUCAUCCGCAAGCUGGACCUGUGGAUCGUGCCGCCCGUCAUGCUGCUCUACCUGCUCAGCUUUCUCGACCGCGUCAACAUUGGCAACGCGCGCCUGUACGGCAUGGAGGAGGACCUCGGCCUCGUGGGCGACCAGUACCAGAUCGCCGUCUCUGUCCUGUUCGUCACGUACCUUUUGUCGGAGCUGCCGUCCAACCUGGUCAUCAAAAAGUUCACGCCGUCGCGCUGGAUCGCCUUUAUCACGACGUCAUGGGGCAUUGUGGCGACGCUGACGGGCGUCACGCAAAACUUUGCGGGAUUGGUCGCGUGUCGCCUCAUCUUGGGCGCGCUCGAGGGUGGUCUGUUCCCCGGCUUGACCAUCUACCUGACCAUGUUCUACACCAAGCGUGAGCUCGCUCUGCGGAUUGGGUACCUGUUCGUCUCGGCGGCCAUUGCCGGGUCCAUGGGCGGUCUGCUGGCCUACGGCAUCGGCUUCAUGGAUGGCGUCGCCGGUCUCCGCGGCUGGCGCUGGAUCAUCAUCAUCGAGGGUCUGCCCACGACGAUCCUUGGCAUCGCGGUCCUGUGGUGGCUGGCAGACGCGCCCGGCUCGGCCAAGUAUCUCUCGUCCGAGGACAAGGCGCUCAUCGACCUACGCAUGCGACGCCAGGUCGGCCAUACAAAGUCCUCCGACCUCAUGCACAAGGAGGAUGUGUACGCCGGACUCAAAGACUGGAAGAUCUGGCUCAUGUGCUUUGGCCAGUUUGGCGCCGACAUCAUUCUCUACGGCUACUCCACCUUCCUGCCCACCAUCAUCGACGGCCUCGGCGACUGGAGCAGGGCGCAGGUCCAGGCGUUGACGAUCCCCUGCUAUGCCCUUGGCGCCAUAAGCUACCUCGUGGUCGCGUAUCUCUCUGACAAAACGCAGAAGCGAGCCGUGUUUGCCGUGGGAUUUGGCCUGGUGGGCGCCGUGGGAUAUGCCAUCUUGGUCAGCCCUGCAGGAGGAAACGUCAAGUACUUUGGCUGCUUCCUCGUCGCCGCUGGUCUGUACGUGAUCGUUGGCAUCCCGCUGGCCUGGCUGCCCAGCAACAACCCUCGCUACGGCAAGAGAACCGUGGCCACUGGUCUUCAGCUGACCAUUGGCAACGCUGCCGGUAUCCCUGCCCCCUUUCUGUACCGCAACGACCAAGGCCCGCGUUUCAUCACCGGCCACGCCGUCUCCAUGGGCUUCAUCGCCAUCGCCGCGGCCGUCUAUCUUCUCAUGUGGUGGUGGUUCCGUCGCCAGAACCAGCGCAAGAUGAAUGGCGAGGAGGAUCACAAGGUGGUUGGUAUGACGGAGGAGGAGAUUGAAGAGCUAGGCGAGCAUAACCCCAGGUUUCGAUACACGUACUAG